CUACUAAUACAUCAUUGACGGCAGUUGUCUCAACCAAUCGACAUCCACCCCAACAUCCCGUCGCUCCCCCAGCUCUUGCACCUCCGGGCUUUCACCGGUACGAAUUGAUAUAGGAAAGAUCUCCCGUCAGCCAGCUAGCGUCAAGCAUCUACCAAAAUGAGAAGCAAGGCUACAUCGUCUGCCCUCAGCUCAUACAACGACACUGCCUAUGCGUACAACCUCGGCACAUUCCAUCGCGCCGUGAGUACUUCGAGCCAGGAUGCUCAAGUCUGGUUCAACCGCGGCUUGACGUGGGCGUAUGCCUUCAACCAUGAGGAGUCAGCGAGGUGCUUUCGGAAAGUCAUUGAGAAUGAUCCCUUCUGCGCCAUGGCUUACUGGGGACUCGCAUUCGUUCUUGGGCCCAACUACAACAAGCCAUGGAAGGUCUUUGAUGGAGAGGAUCUUGCCGAUACGACCAAACGCGCACAUCAUACGAUCAUGCAGGCAAAGAGUCACUCAGGCAAGGCUACUCCAGUCGAGAUUGCGCUCAUUAAUGCGCUGUCUUGUCGCUAUCCGCAGGAGAAGCCAGCGGAAGAUUGCUCGAAGUGGAAUCAGGAUUACGCCCUAGCCAUGGACUCAGUACUGCAGACCUAUCCCGAUGACCUCGACGUGGUCGCCCUGUGGACAGACGCGACGAUGAAUGUUACGCCUUGGAAGUUGUGGGACUACAGGACUGGAAAGCCUACGCCAGGUGCCAGGACGUUGGAGAUCAAAGAUGUGAUGGACCGCACUUUCAGGCUCAGAGGCUCUUUGCAACACCCAGGCCUCCUUCACUUAUAUAUCCAUCUGAUGGAAAUGUCACCAACUCCGGAAGCCGCCUUAACUAUAGCUGAUAAUCUUCGCGGGCUUGUGCCAGACGCGGGACAUCUGGAGCAUAUGCCCACCCAUCUGGAUAUUAUCUGUGGAGAAUACCGUCGCGCCAUCGCUUCCAACUCUGACGCGAUCCGUGCCGACUCUAAGUUUCUCGCCCGCGAGGGUCCCCUCAACUUCUACACACUGUAUCGGUCUCAUGACUUUCACUUCAGGCUAUAUGCCGCCAUGUUGUGCGGUCAGUCCCGGGUAGCCCUCAUUACGGUGGAAGAGCUCGAGUCGACUAUUUCUGAAGAUCUACUACGAGUCGAGUCCCCGCCAAUGGCAGACUGGCUUGAGGGCUUUCUGGGCAUGCGAAUGCACGCACUGGUACGAUUCGGUCGUUGGGAAGCUAUUCAUGCUCUUGAACUCCCGCGAGACCCCAAACUUUACUGCUCAACAACCGCCAUGACACAUUAUGCAAAGGGUAUAGCCUACGCUGUGCAGGGCCGAAUUGAAGAGGCGGAAAAGCAGCGCGUAUUGUUCGCCGAGGCAGUUAAACGGGUACCGGAAUCGCGCUCAGUCUUCAACAAUACUUGCCUGUCGAUUCUCUCCAUUGCCGAGGCUAUGCUGGAUGGAGAGUUGGCGUACCGAAAGAAGGAUUACGACGUCGCUUUCGCCCAUCUGCGUAAGGCCGUGGAGAGAGAUGACGCCUUGCCCUACGAUGAGCCUUGGGGAUGGAUGCAACCAGCACGACACGCGCUCGGCGCUCUGCUGCUAGAGCAGGGUCAUGUCGAGGAGGCAGCGGCUGUCUAUAGUGCAGACCUCGGAGUCGACGAAACCUUACCCCGUGCUCUGCGGCACCCCAACAACGUCUGGGCAUUGCACGGAUUCUACGAGUGUCUGAUGAAGUUGGGACGGGUUGAUGAGGCCAAGAUCCUCAAGCCACAGCUCCAGCUAGCUUUGGCCGUAGCGGACGUUCCUGUGAAGUCCUCAUGCUUCUGUCGCUUGAAGACGGUCGAUUGACAGGUGCGGUCCCUGAGGCCUCCAUUCCAGCGUCGCCUCAGAGACCUUGAGAGACCACGUGCCAGUUUAUGACACUGGCUUCCAAGCGAGGAAAUUGAUGGUGUAGUGAGAUGGAUCAUGGGAAUAGGCAUCUUCAGACUGAAAAGGGCAUUUAACGAAAAGAACAUGGGCAUCAUAGGAAGGGCUGCCUCAAUGGAAAGCAUUCAUUUUGUGCCUUGGCAAGACAACAACGAACUACUUUACUUACUAGAAUCGCAGUCUGCUAUAAAGACAUGCAAUGUUAUCAUAUAUCCAGGUUUUAAGUGAAUGCUUUCUUGUUACGUGCGCGUGGCAUUCGUCUUCUCUCAGUCUUAUUAGUAUCGCGAUCAAGACUCCCUUUCUUCAAAUAUCUCAUAUUACAAAUAGACCAUAGAGAGAUGAACAUCACUCUUUAUUUUAAUUUGGAGAAAGUCGUCAAGUUUUAAAUUACACAGAGUUC